AUGGGUGAGAUCAGCCCAGAAGCCGUGGAGAGGUACCUGGAGGACAACCCCGGGUUUGCCAAGGAGUACUUCGACAAAAAGCUGCGGACAGCGGCGCUGGGAGGAGCCUCCGAGCACAGCGGGGUGCAGGGCCCCGCCAGCAGGCCCUUCGACGGGCUGUCCCCAAAGGAGGAGGCGGCCCUGUGCCUGGAACUGCUCCAGGCUGUGCAGGAGGAGGCGGGCAGCCCCGAACCCGCAGCGCACUUGGCCCUCCAGAGCCUGGCGCAGCUGCUGCGGGCAGACCGCUGCAGCCUGUUCCUGUGCCGGUCCCGCAACGGCACGCCCGAGGUGGCCUCCAGGCUGCUCGAUGUCACCCCGACCUCCAAGUUUGAGGACAACCUGGUGGUUCCUGACAGAGAAGUUGUGUUUCCUUUGGACAUCGGGAUAGUGGGCUGGGUUGCUCACACGAAGAAAGCCCUUAAUGUCCCAGACGUGAAAAAGAACAGCCACUUUUCUGACUUCAUGGACAAACAAACCGGGUAUGUCACUAGGAACCUGCUGGCAACCCCGAUCGUGAUGGGCCAGGAGGCCCUGGCUGUGGUUAUGGCAGUCAACAAAGUAAAUGCGCCCGAGUUUUCCACGCAGGAUGAAGAGGUCUUUUCCAAAUACCUCACCUUUGUUUCUGUCAUCCUAAAGCUUCAUCAUACCACCUACCUGUACAGUGUUGAAUCCCGAAGAAGCCAGAUCCUUAUGUGGUCAGCCAAUAAAGUGUUUGAAGAGCUCACAGAUGUUGAGCGGCAGUUUCACAAAGCGCUCUACACAGUUCGAACGUAUCUGAACUGUGAACGGUACUCCAUCGGCCUGCUGGACAUGACCAAGGAGAAGGAAUUCUACGAUGAAUGGCCAGUCAAGCUUGGAGAAGUCGAGCCUUAUAAAGGUCCAAAGACACCAGACGGCAGAGAAAUCAUCUUUUAUAAAGUCAUUGAUUACAUUUUACACGGGAGAGAAGAGAUCAGAGUGAUUCCGACACCCCCUGCAGACCACUGGACUCUCGUUAGUGGGUUGCCAACAUAUGUUGCUGAAAAUGGAUUUAUCUGUAACAUGCUGAAUGCCCCCGCAGAUGAAUACUUCACAUUUCAGAAAGGGCCUAUAGAUGACACUGGCUGGGUCAUUAAAAAUGUCUUGUCCCUGCCUAUUGUCAACAAGAAGGAAGACAUUGUGGGGGUAGCUACGUUUUACAACAGGAAGGAUGGAAAACCUUUCGAUGAAUUUGAUGAACACAUAACUGAGACUCUAACACAAUUUCUUGGAUGGUCUCUUUUAAAUACUGAUACCUAUGAGAAAAUGAAUAAGCUAGAAAACAGAAAAGACAUAGCUCAGGAAAUGCUCAUGAACCAGACCAAAGCUACUCCUGAUGAAAUCGAGUCUAUUUUGAAAUUUAAAGAGAAGUUAAAUAUAGAUGUAACUGAAGACUGCGAAGAAAAACAACUUGUCACAAUUUUGAAGGCGGGCCUGCCGGAGCCGCGGGCCGCCGGCCUGUUCGAGUUCCGCUUCAGCGACGCGCCGCUCAGCGACCUCGGCCUCAUCCGGUGUGGGCUGCGGCUGUUCUUUGAAAUCAACGUGGUGGAGAAAUUCAAAGUCCCCGUAGAGGUUCUCACCAGGUGGAUGUACACCGUGCGGAAAGGGUACCGCGCCGUCACCUACCACAACUGGCGGCACGGGUUCAACGUGGGCCAGACCAUGUUCGCCUUGCUGACGACAGGAAGGCUAAAGAAAUACUAUACAGAUCUCGAAGCCUUUGCCAUGCUCGCUGCUGCUUUCUGCCACGACAUUGACCACAGAGGCACCAAUAAUCUCUAUCAGAUGAAAUCCGCGUCCCCGCUGGCAAAGCUCCACGGGUCUUCCAUCCUGGAGAGGCACCACCUGGAGUGCAGCAGGGCCCUCCUGCAGGACGAGAGUUUAAACAUCUUCCAGAACCUAAAUAAGCGCCAGUUUGAAACAGUUAUUCGUUUGUUUGAAGUUGCAAUAAUAGCAACUGACCUGGCCUUGUACUUCAAGAAGAGAACCAUGUUUCAAAAAAUUGUUGAUGCCUGUGAAAGAAUGGAAACCGAAGAGGAGGCCAUCAAAUACGUAACCGAUGACCCAACCAAAAAAGAGAUCAUCAUGGCGAUGAUGAUGACUGCAUGUGACUUGUCAGCUAUAACCAAACCCUGGGAGGUGCAAAGUCAGGUAGCACUUCUAGUUGCAAGUGAAUUUUGGGAACAAGGAGACCUGGAGAGAACGGUGCUGCAGCAACAACCUAUUCCUAUGAUGGACAGAAACAAAAAAGAUGAACUCCCUAAACUUCAAGUUGGAUUUAUUGAUUUUGUUUGCACUUUUGUAUAUAAGGAGCUCUCCCGGUUCCACAGAGAGGUCACGCCCAUGCUGACCGGCCUCCAGAAUAACCGGACGGAGUGGAAAUCCCUGGCUGAUGAGUACGAGGCAAAGGUGAAGGCCACGGAAGAGCAGGUGAAAAGGCAGGAAGAAGGAGACGCAACUGAAAAAGCUGCAGAAGAUUCAGGAGGUGGUGCUGAUGACAAAAAGUCCAAAACUUGUCUAAUGUUGUAAUAUGACCCAAUUGGACUAAAUUUCAAAUAUUGUUUCUACUUUUGAAGAAAAACAGAAAACAUUCAAAAGAACUUCAGCAAAUUUCACUCAGCAAACCAUUAAGGUACACAGUAAGAGGGGCUUCAGAAAAGCUACCCUUGUGACUGUUGAGAGAAAAUACAUUGCUAGCCUGAAAACCCUAAGGGUAAAAUAAAGUUCAAUAAAAGCGCAAAAUAAGAUAACAAUGAGUGCAUUUUUUGGUGCCAAUUUGUUUUAAAUUAAAAAAAUAAUAAUCCUGAAACUAGUCACCAAUUCUUUUUUAAAAG